AUGGACGGCUUGCUAGGGAUCCUUCGCACAUCCACCGACAACGAGGCACGCCGAAAGGCGGCGUCGCAGCUGCGGCAGGUGCAGGAGGAAACACCGGUGGAGUUUCUCCGCUUUACGUGGGAGGGCAUCGCCUCCUCUGCGUUGACGCCAGACGAGCGCUUUUUCCUUGCCUCCACGGUGCUGGAGUUUGUCGAGCAAUCGUGGCGCAAUGCUGUUCCCAAGGAUGUGCAGCUGGACCUCAUUGACGGCUACGCGCAGCUGCUACUACGCGAGCCCCUGCCGUCUUUGUUCUUGGCUCGGAAGGUGGCAACGGUGCUGUGCGUUAUGGUCUUGCGCUCUGCGGUAAAAGCCAUGCCGGGCGCAUUGCCGGGGCCAACGGAGCGCGUGGCGCGGUUGUUGUCGGAUGCCUGUGUGCGAGCCGCGUCGGGUGUGACGGUUGCCUCGAUGGGAUUCCUCACGCAGUGUCUCUUAACUCUGCAUGUCUUUCUCAAGGAGGCGCAGCGGAAGCGUAUUGGCAACAUGUUUGGAAGGCUGUGUACUCUGUUUGUCCCUGUCAUGUCGAAUCUUUUUGCGUCCAGCGCAUCCUGGGAGCACGUUGAAUUCUAUUUGCCUCUGCUGUUCCUCAUGAAGGGUGCCCUGCGCGUCUUUGGCGUCGGCGUGUUUGAGCCAAGCUUCUAUCCCUAUCUGCUUACGAUAACGUGGGACCUCACACGUGGCGUGACGCUACCAGGGCAACAGCAGCAGCAGCAUCAUCAGCUGCUGCAGUGCCGCCAGCGUUUGCUGGAGUACGCCCUGAAGGCGCAGCUAAAGGCGGUGGCCACCUUCCCUGCACGACUGAGCGAGCUUCCGCCAGAGUUUUUUUUGGCACACGGAGGUGCUCUGGAGGGUACCGACUCGCUCUUCCGUCUUCUUGUCUCCGUUGUUGAGACCCCGCUGGGCUUCGUUGCCUCGGAAAAGAUGCUGGUCCGAUCCAUGGCCCUCUUUACCGCCUUGUUGCUGGAAGAGGACUCCGUGGAGUUCGUCAAGGAGCAGCUCAUCGCGUUCGCGGACUCCCCGCUGCUGCAUCGUCUCCUGGAGCGCGUGACGAUGCUGCUUGCGGAUGACGUGCGCGCGUCAAUGCUGCAGGAGUGGGAAAGUGAACCGGAGCGGUUUGUUUUGGAAUUAGAUACGACCGUCGUGGAGGAUGAGGGUAGUGCGACCUGCGCCGCGGAGGAGUUGCUGCUUGCCCUGACAGGCUCGACGAACUGUGCCACACGCAGUCUUGCGGCAGAGUGGCAGAUCGUGAACGCCUUUCUUGCUGGCGACGACCUCGCCCGCGUUACGGCCGCAUUGCAUGCGAUUGGGCUGUGCUACCACACCAUGUCUGUGGGUCAGGACCCUGCGGGCUACCUGGCCUUUCUGACAGGAAAACUCAUUCCACUCAUUCGCGGCGCCGACGCCGCCGCCGCCCCUGCCUCACCCUUCGUUCUACGCCGUGUUGUUUGGAUGACGGGUAUGUGGUGCGAGUCCGUGCAGGAGACGUCUGUGCGACGCGAGGUUCACGCCGCGUUGGGGUCCUUGUUGGUUUCCUCGACCUCUACCGUGGUGUUGUUGACGCUGCUGCGCUCUAUAGGCAACUUCGUUGAUGACUCAAACUUUAGGCGUGCGGAGCUCACGCCGGACUACGUUCAAGAUGUGCUGCUGACAAUCCAACGCCUCCUGCCGCAGCUGCGUACCCCGUCCAGCGUGCGGGUCCUCGCAGAGCUUAUGUACGGCCUGGUUUCACGCGGGGUGCUGAACCCUGACAAUGGCGCGAGGCUGCUGGAUGUGGUGCUGCCCGCCGUGUAUCGGUUUAUAGGCGAAGCCGACGUCGCGAUGAAGGCAAACGAGUCAGUGGACGGCGCGGAGGUGGAUGCGGGUUCCUUGGGGGUCUUGCUGCAGUGCACCGCCGCAUGCACGCAGCUCGCCUCGCCAGAGAUGGAGCGUCAUGUGUGGUCCCUGUUUCCCAACGUGGUUUUCCCUUGCACCGUGCCUGAAGGCAAAUUAACGCCUUGGGUGGAGGAUAACGCCUGGGAACUGCUCUUGGAGAUGUCUCAAAGUGUCCAUGCAUGGAAUCCGAUCACGUCUGAUGCCCUUGCGUGGUGCUUUGAGAACGUGAAGCGUGACAUGGCGGUUCUCUCGCUGGUGGUGCGUUGCACUUACUGUCUGCUGCUGCUCUGCCCGCAUCCCGCGGAGCUCGUUGACGCCGCGCUGGUGGAUCGUGCGCUGGAGCUGUUGACACAAACUCAGUGCACUGAACUUCUCACCGCCUCUUUCGCUCUGCUGGGCGUGAUGGUGCGACGAGGCACCCUGGCACUGCGGUGUCACCUGGUCGAUUUUGCGGUUCGCCGGCUGCUUUCCGCAGAGUCUGUGCAGGCAGAGUCGGACAACGUGCACGUGGCGCUCCUGCUCGCCUGGUGCCUGCCGCCGUGCGGGGAGAGUGCCGUUCUGGACUCCCUGCUGCUGAACGUUGGGCGUCACCCGAAUGCGGCGUCGUUUGCGGAGCGCCUCGUGUUGCUGUUGGAUGUGUCACCGAGCACGUUGGUCAUAAAUCAGCUGGAGGGGCUGCUGCAUCUGCUACUGACAGAGCAACUCCAACCGCUUCUGGGCACCAAGGACGUUGCGAUGGUGCAGUGCGCCUUGGCGGGGGCUUCGACUCCGGCGCAGGAGGAGGACUGGGACGACCACAUGUCGGAGGCACGGCGUGAACCGACAGAGAUGCUUCUAGAGUUGUUUGGGGAUCAGGGUGUGGCGAACGGGUCGCCGCACCUGCUGCGGCUCCUCACUCUCUUUGGCAUGCAUGUGAACCCCGCAAUGCCUGCUGCAUCUUGA